UCACAAGUCAUGCUCUUCAGCUGUAUGGAUGGGGUUUCCCAUUUCCAUCUGCUUUUUGCAGUCCCCAGUGCCGUUGGGAUUUCCUGAUGGCCUCCCAUCCAUGGAUGUCUUUGGUCUGCAGAACUGCAAGCGGGGCUUGCAUGGGCAGCACUUUGGCUGCCCCUUCAAUGGUGCUUCUCAACUUGCUUCAAUGGUGCUUCUGUGUGCACAGCCAGGAGGCCCUCACUGCCAAGAGAGGCCAGGUUUUUUAAAAUUGUAUUUAUGUGCUGCCCGUCUUCUUUAGAGGGGACCCUGAGUAGCUUUUGCUCUCUGCACUGCCAACUAGGCCCUUUUGGGGCUGCAAGCACGCUCCAAAGGGCUGGCUGGGGAUGAUGGGACUGGAUCCCUGUUUGGAAGAAUCUGGAAAAGGAAUUUCCCAUAACGCCCAGAGUCGCCUCCGCAAGGCAUCAUGGGAGGCUUGCAAAAUGGCACCAACCUCUUCGCUGGCAGUCACUUUGGCCGGUUCCCGCGCGCGGAUUUCAUUUUGGCCAAUCAGCGAGCGGUCUUUUCAGGUAGUUCUGCCUGGCAGGGAAAGCGUAACCAAUCGGCGCCAAGAUGGCUACGUCCUCCACCGUUACGCGAGUCUCCCAAAUUAAGAUUUCGUCAGGCUCCUUCACGUUGCCUGACGAGCGGCUGCGUGCUUUGUGCGCCUGCGCUCUUCCCCGGCUGAGCAUGCGGAGUGGGGCUCCUUCAAGGCCCCUCCAGCCGCUCUUUCACUGAUUUGAUUUAAGGCCACCGCAGAGAGAUACCCGUUGCAGAACGUUCACCGAGGGGCGCAUUGCAAGCAUCCGGAAAUGCCUUUCUGAUUUGCAUUUUCUUCCGAAGAAAAAGACGGGGGAGGGGCAAACGGAGUAUCCCGAAGGAACGUUCCGAUUCUGAACCUAUCCCGCGUGCCGCUCUACCCCGCCGCUCGUUGGUGACGAGCGCCGCAUGCGCAGAGCCCACCCGGCCGGGAGCCCGCUUCCAUUCGGAGUGCGGCCGGGGCGGGACUUGGCCACGGCUGCGCAGUGACGCACACCGGCGGCUGCGCCUGCGCGGGAGGCGCGGCUUGCGCUCUGAGGAGAAGGAGGAGGAGGCGGAGGAUGCCCUGAAGUUAUUUAUAAUGUCGGGCCGGCCGCGGGUGACGUAGCGCGCCGUCCGGGCAGCCGGAGCAGCAACAGCGGCGGCCGCCUCGUCUCCUCGUUUGCCAUGAAGGCAGCCGGGCCGGCGCUGCGGCGGGGGACGGACUCGGGCGACGCGUGGUGAGGGCGGGCGAGCCGGUCAGAGCGCGGUGAGAUCUCCGAGGUCUUGGCACACAUUGGGGAAAUAAAAUUGGUGGCUGCAGGUGGAAAUGCUGGGCUCGGCACCCGACUCAUUUCAGGGCUUGGGCUGGAACUGAACACGUAGCUUUCUCUCGACUCUGGGGGAAACUCUUGGAAGUGGGGGGCAUCCUUCCCAUCUGGGAGGGCCCUCGAUUGGGUGGAAACCAAGCUGUAGGCCUUCGGCUUUCUUUUCUCCCAGGGAUCGUUCUGCAACGCCAGACCAUGCCGUGAACGUUAGCGGGCCAUCCCACUCACCAGCCCUUCAAACCGCACCUCAGGGAAUUUAGCUGAGAGGGCAGCGGUGACCAGGGGACUGGCCAUGGCUGGGAGUGGAUAUACGGACCUACGAGAGAAACUCAAAUCGAUGAUGCCUUACCGGGACAACUACAAGAGCAGCAGCAGAAGCAAGAGCAGGCGGGAUCCUGCUGAAGCCCCCUAUGGAGCUGGGGGGGGAGCUCCCGAACGCAAGCGCAAGCACCAUGACUCUGACUCCGAGCCCACCGACUCCGAGGAACCCUCACGGGAGGAGGAAGAGGAAGAGGAGGCCCGGAAGGUCAAAAGCGGCAUCCGGCAGCUGCGCUUGUUCAGCCCCGAGGAAUGUGUCAAAAUUGAAGCGCGCAUUGAUGAUGUGGUCUCCCGGGCCGAGAAGGGCCUCUAUAAAGAGCACACGGUGGAUAGGGCCCCACUCCGGAAUAAGUACUUCUUUGGGGAGGGCUAUACCUAUGGGUCUCAGUUGCAAAGGCGAGGCCCUGGCCAGGAGCGACUGUACCCACGGGGGGAAGUGGAUACCAUUCCUGAGUGGGUUCAUGACCUUGUCAUCCGUAAGCUGGUGGAACACCGGGUCAUCCCCGAGGGCUUUGUGAACAGUGCGGUGAUCAAUGAUUACCAGCCGGGGGGCUGCAUCGUCUCCCAUGUGGACCCCAUCCACAUCUUCGAGAGGCCAAUUGUGUCGGUGUCCUUCUUCAGUGACUCAGCACUUUGCUUCGGCUGCAAGUUCCAGUUCAAACCCAUCAGGGUCUCCGAGCCGGUCUUCUUCCUGCCCGUGCGAAGGGGGAGUGUCACUGUACUCAGUGGCUACGCAGCUGACGAAAUUACACACUGCAUUCGACCACAGGAUAUCAAGGAGAGGAGAGCCGUGAUCAUCCUUCGGAAAACCAGAGUAGACGCCCCCCGGUUGGAGACCCGAUCGCUGAGUAGCUCUGUGCUGGUCCCCGGCUACGCUUCGGACCGCCUGUCGGGGAGCAAUCGGGACCCCAUCCUGAAGCCAAAGAGGUCCCAUCGCAAAGCAGACCCCGAUGCAGCCCACCGACCUCGAAUUUUAGAGAUGGAUAAAGAGGAGAACCGGCGCUCGGUUCUCUUGCCAAAACACCGGAGGCGGAGUCACUUCAGCUCUGAGAACUAUUGGAGAAAGUCUUACGAGUACACAGAAGACUUUGAGGAGGAGGAGGAGGAGGAGGACGACGACGAGGGGAGUCCAACACGGAAGGUGAAAAUGAGGCGGCAUUGAGGAAUCCUUGUACACACACACACACACACACAUCCUCUUUCCCCAGUCUUAGAGGUGAUGAGACUGGCCUUCAGGCUGUGAAAUUGGAUCUUUUCCCUCUCCUCUUGACCCUCUCUUAGUUUUUUUCUCAUUUAGCUUCAAGGUUAUAUUGCCCCUUCUCUUCCUGUUUUAUCUUGAAAAAGAGCUGGAACAAAUCUGGCUUCCUUCCUUCUUUCCUUCUUUCCUUCCUUCCCUCCCUCUCUCCCUCAGCAUCUACGCUGACUAGGAUGUACGUGGUACUGCCUGCCCGCUUUCUCAGGGCAAGUGGCCAUGCCUCAUAGCAGAGGCAGCUUUUUUUUAAAAGAGGAAAAUAAAUAAAGCUCCGUGGUUCCAUCAGGCUUUGGGCUGGAGCAGAUUCUGAAGAUGCCAAAAAGCGAUGCGUUUUGAGUACGCCGAAGGGUGGCAGAAUUCCCUCUGCUCCGAAGCUGCUGCUGCUGCUGCUUCCGAAGGCUCCCCACGCAGCCUUUUGACACCGCCACGGAUACGGCAAUGCCUCUCUUUUGCCCCCCUUGCUCCGUCUUGCACCAAAGGGCUCCCAGUGCUGACUCUUGCGAGGAGAACUUUUCUCCUUUUCUCCCGCGGUGUUGAAAAAGCGGCUUUCCUCCAGCAACUGGAAGUCCCGGCCUCGCCAGCUUCUCUCAACGACACCGGACGGCAAAGCGUAUAGGACAUGUUGCACUUUAGUGUCAGGGUUUAUUCCCCUACCCCUCCCACCCCCUGCCUGCCUCUCCUCCCCCGUUUUUGUGUGUCCUGUUUGAUGCCAUAACAUUUCCCCCUUGUCCCCUCCUUGCUUGGGCUAGCAAGCACCUGUCUUUUCCUGCGCUGCUGCUGUUAAAGAGUUUCGUCUGUUUUCUUUCUGUGAAGGAGGUUCAGCAGGCCCACCUCAGGGCUGCUGCUGGAGGGCUCUGUAAGGGAGGUGGGGGGCGCUGGGCCAGAAACCCCAGGUUCUGCUGAAGUCUUCAUACUAACAGCACGGGAGGCAGGCAGGCAAUGUGGGGGCUGCGAUGCCAGCCUGGGAGAGAAGAGGGGCUGCUGUGCAGAAGAUGCUCCGGAGACCUUUGUGCAUUGAGCCUAGGAGAACGAUCUAUUGAGUUGGGGGGUUGGGGGUGUUCGUCUCUUCCCUGCCUUCAUGCCCAUAUUUAGCAAAGAAUUGUAUUCAUCUUGGCUGUUGCUUCCAGUGCCUGAAAGUCAACCUUAGCCUGUCCUCGGUCCUUAGAGCCAGAUGGUCAGGUAUUACAAAGCAUGGAUAUUUUGGAAGCAGGGAGGCUGUUGGGGGAGCCAUUCUCAGCUCUUGGCCCUAUUAAGUCAGGGGUGUCCAAUCUUAUCCAGUUUAGGACUUUUGCAUGUGCGAAGCAGAACACCUCACGGUGCUUCUCAACCUCGGUUGCAUGAAGAUGCGUGGACUUCAACUCCCAAAAUUCUGGCUGGCUGAGGAAUUCUUGGAGUUGAAGUCCACACAACCUCAAGUGGCCGCGGUUGAGAGCAUUGUCCUAACAUUGCUGGCAGGUCCUGAAAUAGCCCGAUCAGCAGCUUAUAGCCGGUGUAGGAUUUGGUAUCUCGGAAUACGUUUGGCUGUUUCUGCUUUGUUGUUUGCAGAGAGUGGCCAGUUUGGAGUUUUGACUAAACCAAGACGGGCAGUUCGGCCUUCCGAUGUUUUGAACCUCCCACGGGGGCUUUAACAAAAGUGGCCGUUGUGUAUCUUAGUGCAGCAGGGAAUCCCAGGACCUUGAGCAAAAGCAAAAUCUCUCCUGAGUUUUUCCUUCCAGCUAGGAAUGGCUUGCUUGGUGGGAAGGUUGGCUGCACCUGUGUCCCGUUUUUAGUGUUUGGCUGGAGAGUUUCUCACAGCCAGGGCAAGGUCAGCUGGUGCCAGCCUUUGCUGAAAAAGCAGAAGGAGCCUGUUAGCUAGCCUGCUGCUUUAUUUUUAUUCGAUUUUAUUUUAUUUCUUUCUGCCUCCCCCUGAAGCCUUUCCUGCCAGGAGGGAAAGAAAAUGUGUAGGCUGCUUUUCCAAGCAUCUGGGGGACUGUGAUAGAUCCGUGGCCUUAUCUGGUUCUUGCACCUGUUUCAGUGCUGGUUGCAUCUCUCCGGGAACUCCACCAACACUGGAGUGUCCAACAUCUGCGUCCCCCAAGGCUUGAUAUUCUUGGAACAGCAUGCAGAGAGUUGAACAGGAGAGGGUCUCUACAAAUGCUCUUUCCUGUCCCUACAGUUCUCCCCCCCCCCUUUGUUGGUGGACUUGGUUGUAAGAGGCAGGCUGAUGGUUUAAGGGAACACUCCAUUGUGUGAAUUGGAAGACCUUCGAAGGAGAACCGAAAUCCUUGUUUCAGUGCUGUUAGUGUGAGGUUUAAGCGGGGCCUCCCCUGCAAAGGGUCCUGCUUAGCCUAUCAAUCAGACCCAAAUUGUUCUGAAACCUGGAAUUGGCACAAGUGGGGUCUCUCUUCCAGCAGAUGAGCUGGCUCAGCUUUUCCCAGGGGUGUUGAAGAAUCUGCAUCAGGAGGCAAGACUUUUUAUUUGCUUUAAAAUGCACCUGGGUUUUCUCUCCUUGCACCACCCAUUUCCUUCCAAGCACACACUUUAAAAUAACGUUCUGGCUGACUUUUUGUGUUUUUUAAAUAAAUAAAAAAAAUCUAAUUGUUUUGUUACAAAUAAAAUAAGUGGCAAUAUUUUUUUCGGUAAUUUUUCAUAGGAAAAAGUGUGAUUUGUAAACAAAUUGUACAGUUCUGAAGUUUGGGAUACAUAAAAUAACUGUACUGAGUGGCACGCUGUAAAUGGGGUGGGGGGGAGAGAUUAUUUUCCGUACAGUGUAUAUGGGGAGAAAUCUUUUAAUUCGGGUUGAUUUAGGAAGAAAUACAGUUCCCUGUCAAGGGUUUGAAUUUUUUUUUUUCUUGUAUAGAAUGCUGCAUUUAACUAAAUAAAAGCUGAAAGCACCACUUGAUUGAG